AUGAAUGAAAUUCCUGACGAAAAUUUUAAAGACUGCAGUGCCCUCAGAAGUAUUAUUAUCCCAGAUCAUGUUACCAAAAUAGGUAAUAAUGCAUUUGCUAAUUGUUAUAGUUUACAAACUGUAUUUAUGGCAGAUAGUGUUACUUCAAUUGGAGAAGCAGCAUUUACUUCUUGCUCAUACCUUAAUAAUCUCACGCUUUCUCAAAAUCUUACAGCAAUUCCACCUCACAUGCUUGAAUUUUGUUCAAGACUCCCUAAUAUUAUAAUUCCUAGUUCAGUAACAUCAAUUGGGGAAAGUGCUUUCACAGAGUGUGUCAUAUUUAGAUCAAUUUCAAUUCCAAAUAGUGUAAUAUCAAUAGGUCAGUCUGCAUUUGCUGCUUGCUUCGCUCUGACAAGUGUUACUUUAUCAUCGCAGCUUACUACUAUUCCUCAUGAAUGCUUUUUUUAUUGCCCUGCUCUUAAAAGUGUUACUAUCCCUGAUAGUGUGCGAACAAUUGAAGAUGGAGCGUUUAAAAUGACGGGUAUUGAAAUGUUCAAUUCAAAUCAUAUUACGACAAUUGGUAACUCCGUUUUUAAUAAAUGUCCAAAACUUCACACCGUAACUCUUCGAGGUGAUCUUCAAUCAUUUGGAACAUCGGUAUUUUAUCAAUGCCCGAAACUUGAACACCUUAACAUGACUAGUUAUCACUUGGACAUUCCUGAUAAUACAUUCUAUGAAUGUACUUCACUCAUAGACGUUUGGUUUCCAUCAAGUAUCAGCAAAAUUGGAGUAAAUGCAUUUUAUAAAUGUACUUCACUUGGAAGACUCUAUGGAACUUCGCAGAUCGAAACAAUUGAUUCAGGAGCAUUUGAUUUAUCAGGUCUCACCGAAUUAGUUCUGGAUAGUCUUAAAACAAUCAAAAGUGAAGCUUUCAAAGAUUGCGAAAAACUCACAAAAGUAAUUUUGAGUAAUCAUCUAACUACAAUCGACAAUUAUGCAUUUCAGAAUUGCAUAAAUCUCAAAACAGUUUCAUUACCUGAAAGUUUAGAAACUAUCGGAAAUUUUGCUUUUUCAUAUUCUGGUAUAGAAAACUUAAUAAUUCCAAACACUGUUACAUCUAUAGGAAGCACGGCCUUUUGUGGUUGCUCUAAUCUUACAAGUGCUACACUAUCUGAAAGAUGUCCAGCAAUUUCUUUUUUCAUGUUUGCAUCUUGUUCAUCAUUAAAUACAGUUACAAUUCCUUCUGGAGUUCAAUCAAUUGAUAUAUGUUCUUUUGAAAGCUGUUCAUCUCUAACUUCAGUUAAUCUCCCAAGUACACUUACUUCGAUUGGUACUAAUGCUUUUAGGGGUUGCCUUAAUUUAGAACAAGUCACAAUAUUAGGAAAUGUUGAAAUGAUUAGUAAUGGCGCAUUUUUACAUUGCGAUAAACUUGUUAAUUUAUCAAUGCCAAAUGUCAAAAAACUUGGUGGAACUUCAUUUCAAUAUUGUGGAUUCCAAACAUUAUCUCUUCCAGAUGGAUUAACUGAAAUAGGUAAAUCUGCAUUUGAAUCCUGUAGCCAACUUGAGAACAUCACUAUUCCUGAAAGUGUAACAGUGAUAGCCGAAAGCGCGUUUAGAUAUUGCACAAGUUUAUUAAAUGUUACAAUUCCAAGUCAAGUUCAAACAGUAAAUCAUCAAAUGUUCCUUGGAUGCUCUAGUCUAAGAAGCGCCUCAUUUAAUCAUGUGAUAGCUAUGGGAGAAUCUGUAUUUAAAGGUUGCUCCAGCCUUGAAUCGGUAACUCUUCCAAGUACUCUUGUAACAAUUUUUGGAUCAGAUUUUGUUGAUUGCAAUAGCCUCAAAACCGUAAUUAUUCAAGUACCUGAAAAUGUAAAUGCAAUGAAUAAAGUUUUUCAAUCGUGCUCAAUAGAAACAUUAAUAUAUCAGAGCCCGAUUUCAAAUUUUGUUCUUAAUUGCAAAGUCACAACAAUUAUAUUUGAUCUCCCAGAUUCUGAUUCAAGUGACACUUUAUUGAAACCAAUGGGCGAAUUCAAUGUAUUAUCACUCAUUCAUAUCAAAAAUAUUAACAAUCACCCAAUUCCAGAUAAUUUUGUUACUGCAGAUAAUGUUUCUAUUUUGGUUGAACAAAAUGGAAUUAGUAUUAAUGAAACAGCAUUUUCAUCUCUAAAUAUAACAAAUUUCACAUAUCUUGGAAUAGAUCCAAUUCCAGGAGAUUUCUUAGUUAAAGCAAGCUCUUGUGAACAUGUUUACGUCACAAGAUCAUACACCUCGAACAAACUUGGAGGUCUUGAUGUCACUGUACUUGAUGAACAAGAACCAACUCCAGAGCCAGAAGAAACUUCAAAUUCUUCUUCAUUGCCAGAAUGUCCAUCUGGCGAAUACACCAUUCCCAGCAGCAUAAAUGCAAUUCCAGAUGGGCAAUUUCGAGAUUGCUCUAAACUCACAAGUAUUAUAAUUCCAGAUCACGUUACCACAAUUGGCAAUUAUUCUUUUGCAAAUUGUUCUAACUUGCAAUCUGUAUCCAUGGCGAAUAGUGUUACUUCAAUUGGGGAAAACGCAUUUUUUUCUUGUGAUUCUCUAACAGACAUCACACUUUCUGAAAGUAUUACUAUAAUACCCCCAUCAUUGCUUAAUACUUGCAGACAUAUCACUAAUAUUAUAAUUCCGAAUUCAGUCACUUCUAUUGGGGACUCUGCAUUCUCCCAGUUAUCUAUUUCAUCAAUUGUAAUACCUAAUAGUGUUUUGUCGCUAGGAACUUAUGCUUUCGCAGCAUGCAUGCGUCUAGCAAGCGUAACUUUAUCUUCGCAACUAACUACUAUUCCUUCAUAUUGUUUUUAUCUGUGCUAUCCACUCGUAACUAUCACUCUUCCUGAUAGUGUAAGAACAAUUGAAGACGGUGCAUUUAGCUCUACAAAUAUGGAAACUUUCACUUCAUCUUUACCUCUGACUUUUCAAAAUCGCGUUUUUGAUUUUUGUGAUAAACUUGUAUCUGUAAGCUUAUCUAAUGUUCAAUCAAUUGGAAGAUCAUUAUUUUCUGAGUGUUCAGCACUUGAAAGUGUUGAAUUCUCAGGAAAUCUUGAUGAUAUCCCUUCUGAAACAUUUGAUGGACUUUCUGAACUUACCACUGUUGUUUUGCCACAAAAAAUUAAAUCUAUUGGUACUCAUGCAUUUAGAGGUUGUACUGCUCUUCAAUAUUUACGUAUAAAUUCAGAAAUCGAAACGAUUGAAUCCGAAGCCUUUAUUGAAUCAGGUCUCAUUGAAUUUAACAAUCAAGGAAGUGUCAAAUCAAUCAAAAGUAACGCCUUCUCUGGUUGUGAACAAAAUCUUCAAACAGUUGUUAUCAAUAGCGGUCUAACUGCAAUUAAUGAAAGUACAUUUCAGAACUUCAACAAACUCCAAAUUGUUUCUUUACCUGAUAGUGUAGAAACAAUAGGAAACGUUGCAUUUCAAUUUACUGCUUUUACUAGUUUCACAGUUCCAAGAAGUCUUAAGUCAAUUGGAGAUUUUGCUUUCCAAGGAUGUCAAUUAACAACAUUAACACUUCCUAAGGAAUGA